AUGGGAUUGAGAAAGGAGAGAAUGAGAAAGGAGACGAGGAAAGAGGAUGAGAGAGGAGAGAAUGAGAAAGGAGAGAAUGAGAAAGGCUGGGGAACUGGAGGAUCGCCGGUGAAGGAGAGAUUGAGUCGAUUUCGGUGGAGCCUAUGCAUAAUCAGCGACAAACUGAGGGAUCACCGGGGAGGAAGUAGGAAGGAGGAUGAGGGAGGAGAGAAUGAGAAAGGAGAAGGAGAAGAGGAUGAGGAAGGAGAAGGAGACGGAGACGAGGAAGAUGAUCGCCGGUGGAAGAGGAUCACUGGUGGAGUUUCACUGGUGGAAGAGGAUCGCUGGUGGAGUUUCACUGGUGGAAGAGGAUCGCCGAUGGAGGAUCGUUUGGGAGGAAGGAGGAAGGAGGAUGAUGAAGGAGAAGGAAAAGGAGAAAGAGAAGAGUAA